ACUGGAGUGCCUGUGCCACAAGUACUCAGUCAGAGAGAGGAUCACAGCCUCUGGCAGUGUGAUGACUUUUAAGAAGAUAUUUAUAAGUCUCAUUCAAGUUCGACAAAUGAUGUCAAAACCAAAAUUUCUUAUUGAAGAAACUUCAUAUUCAUUCCUUCAAGAACUAGGCUUAGAAAAAGUAAACCCAGGAGUUUACAAUGGGAAGUGGACUGCUAGUGGGGAGGUAAUAGCUUCAAUCUGUCCAGGAAAUGGGAGACCCAUAGCCGAAGUUCAGCAGGGAAGCAUAAAGGACUACAGUGAGUGUGUACAGGAAGCCAAGAAAGCCUGGCAGAUAUGGGCUGAUAUACCAGCACCCAAACGUGGGGAAGUUGUACGACAGAUUGGAGAUGCUCUAAGAGAGAAGCUGAUACCACUUGGAAAAUUAGUAUCCCUUGAAAUGGGGAAGAUACUGCCAGAAGGAAUUGGUGAAGUACAAGAAUACAUAGAUAUAUGUGAUUAUGCUGUUGGCCUGUCCCGUAUGUUUGCUGGGAAACUCUUUCCCUCUGAACGUGAGGGACAUCUUCUGAUUGAAAAGUGGAAUCCAUUGGGAGUUAUUGGAGUAAUUAGUGCAUUCAACUUCCCUAUUGCAGUGUAUGGCUGGAACAGUGCUAUUGCCAUGGUAUGUGGAAAUGCUUUACUGUGGAAAGGGGCUCCAACUACACCUCUUGUGUCUGUUGCUACCACAAAGAUCUUAGCAUCAGUAUUAGAAAGAAAUAAUCUACCUGGUGCCAUUUGUUCUUUGUGCUCUGGUGGAAGUGAUAUUGGAGAAGCCAUUGCAAGGGAUACUAGACUGCCACUGGUGUCAUUUACAGGCAGCACACAUGUGGGUCAUAAGGUUGCAUUGCAGGUGCAAGAAAGGUUUGGUAAACAUCUACUAGAACUUGGAGGAAACAAUGCUAUUAUUGUAGAUGCAGAUGCUGAUCUGGAAAUGGUUGUCCGUUCUGUGGUAUUUGCGUGUGUAGGCACUGCUGGACAGCGCUGUACCUCUACUAGGAGACUGAUUCUCCAUGAGAAGAUUUAUGAAAAGGUACUUGAACCACUGAAAAAAGCCUAUGCUCAAAUUAUUAAAAGGAUGGGAGACCCUCUGCAGGAAGGUGUUCUGUAUGGACCACUACACAGUUCCCAGUCUGUAUCUGCAUUCCAGAAUACUAUUAAAGAAGCACUGGCUGCUGGUGGUACUAUUGAAUUUGGUGGAAAUGUUUUGGAUGGGCCAGGAUUUUAUGUCGAACCAACGAUCAUAACGGGAUUGCCACAUGAUGCCAGUGUAGUGCACAAGGAAACAUUUGCACCAAUUGUCUAUGUACUGAAAACUGCAAAUGUUGAUGAGGCAAUAAGAUGGAAUAAUGAAGUUAAGCAAGGUUUAUCAUCCAGCAUUUUCACAUCAAGCAUGGAAACUGUUUUCUCAAAGUGGCUUGGUCCAAAAGGCUCUGACUGUGGGAUCGUGAAUGUGAAUAUACCAACAAGUGGAGCUGAAAUUGGAGGAGCAUUUGGUGGGGAGAAGCACACUGGUGGUGGCCGUGAAUCUGGUUCUGAUUCCUGGAAACAAUACAUGAGACGUGCUACUGUGACUAUUAAUCACAGCAAGCAACUGCCUCUUGCUCAGGGUAUUAAGUUUGAGUGAUGAGAUCUGAUUAUGUACAAAAUAUGAAAUAUAAUGCUCUAUAAUAGCUCUUCUGAUCUCUGCCAAUAUUGAAUAAAAUCUUUAAUCAAACAUAAAUGUGGGUAAAUGACCUGCAGUAGUAACUAUAUGAAAAUUUCGUGCUGUGAAUCGCACCUUGAAGUAAUAAAAACGGCUUUUCACUGGUA